GGAAAGUUGGGACCGGACCGGGACGGGAGACCGGGACCGGCGAGGCCGUGCCCGUGGCCUCGGGGCUGCACGGCCGGGGGGCUCCGGCGGAGCAGAGGGGCUGCCGGGGACCGCAGGGAGCCGGGGACCCCUCGGGGCUCCCUCUCCCGACCCCGCUGCCCCCCGCGCCGCCGAUGACCCUGAACACGCAGCGCGGGAGCAAGAGCCCGCUGCGGAGGAGGGCCAGCACCCCUCUGCCGCGGCCCGGGGCACCGGGUGCGACGCCACGGACCGAGCCCGGGCACCCCCAGCUCGGCCACUCGUCGUCGGAGCCGGGCGGCAGGGCUGCGGCACCCCGGGGCAGCUGGUCCUCCGAGUCCUCGGGCUCGUCGGGCUGCUGGGAGCCCCAGUACCGCGUGGUGCUGCUGGGAGACCCCGGCGUGGGCAAAACCAGCCUGGCCAACGCCUUCGCCGGCGUCCAGGAGCGGGACCUGCUGGAGCAGCACGGAGAAGUGGCGUACGAGCGCACGCUGUCCGUGGAUGGCGAGGAGACCACGCUGCUGGUGAUAGACGCCUGGGAGCCGGAGCGGCGGGGUGAGGAGAGCUGGCACCGCAGCCACUGCCUGCAGGUGGGGAACGCGUACGUCAUCGUCUACUCCAUCACGGACCACGGCAGCUUUGAGAGCGCCUCGGAGCUGCGCAUCCAGCUGCGCAGCAUGCGGCAGGCCGAGGACAUCCCCAUCAUCCUGGUGGGGAACAAAUCCGACCUGGUGCGGUGCCGCGAGGUCUCCGUUGAAGAGGGCCGUGCCUGCGCCAUGAUGUUCGACUGCAAGUUCAUCGAGACGUCGGCGGCCCUGCAGCACAACGUGGCCGAGCUCUUCGAGGGGGUGGUGCGGCAGCUGCGCCUGCGCCGCGAGGGCAAGGAGGCCGGCGCGCACCCCGCGUCUGUCCACAAGCGCAAGGAGAGCCUCACCAAGAGGGCCCGGCGCUUCCUCGACAGGCUGGUGGCCAGGAACAGCAGCAAGGUGGCCCUCAAAGUCCGCUCCAAGUCCUGCCACGACCUGUCCGUGCUCUGAGAGCCGCCGCGUACCCGUCCCACCGGACUUGGAGGCUGGGGGCUCCCCUCUGCCAUCAGCGUGGCCAGCAGCUCCGCGGGUGCAAGGAGAGACCGCAGGGGCCGGAGCGAUGCUGAGGACACGGAGCUGUUUUAACUGGUGCUGAUGGACACACGGGGUGCUCUGGAUCCGGCCGCUACCCCUCCAGGAGAGGGGCUGAGUGGGGCUGGGUCCCCCGAGCUGCACGUGUGGGACGGGCACCUGUGCCUUGGGGGUGGGAGCCCGG